UUCACUACAAGCCUUCUGGCCCCCGGAUCAACUGUUUUGAUCCGACUUGGCCUCGUGACAAAGGAAGACUUUCUGCCCACAGAUAAUUUUCCAAGACGACGUCCGAGAAAGACUCCCAGCCUGGAGCAGAAACCCACAGAGCAGGUGAUCAGAUGCGCUCGCGCUGAGGCUGGAGGUGCGCGCGCUUGGACAAUGCUCGCAGCAAGUGGAGGGAUAUAUUUACCAUCAUCUUUUGAACCUGAAAAAGCAAGUCUGCUUGGAUUUUAAUUGAGACAACCCUCUGAAACAUCACGCAGCGCCGGUCAUUCAUUUUUUCAAAGCUUUUUGCAAAAGCUCGCUUUUUCCGCGGCGCUCUGGAGGAGCGCAGCGCCUUGAAGCGGACCUUCUGUUGUUGUUUGCCAAAGUGCUUUAGCAGUCCACUCCAGUUUUUUUCCCCCCUUUCUCUCUGUCUCUCUCUUUUUUUUUUAAUUCAAAGAAAGUGCACCACACGACCAGGACAGGGCUUAAAUGUUCGGGAUCCAGGAGCAUCUGAUACGAGAAGUGAGCGGAUUAAAAGAGAGAAGUCUUGGAGAGGAGAUGGAUCCAGUCCGGUCGUGGGUGCGUAAUGUCGGCGUUGUGGACGCGAACGUCGCGGCGCAAAGUGGAGUCGCUCUCUCCAGAGCUCAUUUCGAAAAGCAGCCGCCUUCAAAUCUACGCAAGUCCAACUUCUUCCACUUCGUCCUGGCGCUCUAUGACAGACACGGGCAACCUGUGGAGGUGGAGAGGACUGCCUUUGUGGACUUCGUUGAGCAUGAAAAGGAGCAGACGGGAGAAAAGACCAACAAUGGCACUCACUACAAGCUGCAACUCCUGUACAGCAACGGAGUUCGUACUGAGCAGGACCUUUAUGCACGACUCAUCGACUCUGUCACGAAGCAGCCGAUCUCAUAUGAGGGACAGAACAAGAAUCCAGAAAUGUGCCGAGUCCUGCUCACACACGAGGUUAUGUGCAGUCGCUGUUGUGAGAAGAAAAGCUGCGGCAACCGGAAUGAGACUCCAUCUGAUCCAGUCAUCAUUGACAGGUUUUUCUUGAAGUUCUUCCUGAAAUGUAACCAGAAUUGUCUGAAGACAGCAGGAAACCCGAGGGAUAUGAGGAGAUUUCAGGUGGUCUUGUCCAGCACUGUGAGCGUAGACGGCCACGUCCUCGCCGUGUCCGACAACAUGUUUGUCCACAACAACUCCAAACACGGACGGAGAGCUCGCAGACUUGAGCCGGGCGAGUCUGUGGAGAACACUAUGGAAUACGCUACUCCAUGCAUCAAAGCCAUCAGUCCCAGUGAGGGCUGGACCACUGGCGGGGCCAUGGUCAUAGUCAUUGGGGAGAACUUCUUUGAUGGGCUGCAGGUGGUUUUUGGAAGCAUGCUAGUCUGGAGUGAGCUGAUCACGCCACACGCCAUUCGAGUUCAGACGCCUCCCCGACACAUCCCCGGAGUUGUGGAGGUCACACUGUCUUAUAAAUCUAAACAGUUUUGUAAGGGAGCGCCAGGACGGUUCAUCUACACAGCUCUCAAUGAGCCAACUAUAGACUAUGGUUUCCAGCGCCUUCAGAAGGUGAUUCCUCGACAUCCGGGUGACCCAGAGAAACUAGCAAAGGAGAUUCUCCUGAAGAGAGCAGCAGAUCUGGUGGAGGCGCUGUAUGGAAAUCCACACAGUAACCAGGACAUGCUGUUGAAGCGUGCGGCCGACAUUGCCGAGGCGCUCUACAGCGUUCCCCGUCCCCACAGUCAGUUACAGGCGCUUCCCAGCUCACCGGCCCACGGCAGCGUCAUGGGCCUGGGGUCGUACCCGUCUCAGUUAGGAGUGAGCAUCGGUGAACAAAGCAGCCAAGGCUACAUCCGUAACUCCAGCAGCCUGUCUCCAAGAGGUUACCCAUCAGCCUCCACUCCUCAGCAGUCAGGCUACGGUGGCGGCGGUGGAAUGACCGGAGGCUACGGGACGGUUCCCAUGACCAGUCUAGGAGUCCCCGGAUCUCCUGGUUUCAGCAGUGCCUCUCCCACCGGUUCUCCCUACAUAAUGCCGUCCAGUCCCACUAUCCCGGGAAGCUCCAGCUCUUCCUCGUCUCUUUUGCCUUUCUCCUCCUUCCCGUCUGCUGCUAAACAGAAGAGUGCUUUUGCUCCCGUCCUCAGGCCCCAGGGCUCUCCCUCUCCUGCCUGCCCCGCCUCAGGGGGCAACAGCUUCAGAGGUAGCCAUGCAACUCACUAUCUGACCCCCCUGUCUGAACUUACGAAUGCAGUCUAACCCCUUUCACUAACUCAAGAUGAUGUGACUGAGCAAGACAGAAAACAGUUGCUGGAUGUACAAUAAUGCAAGACCCGCUUGAUUAGAAUCAUAGAUUUUGUAUAUUUUUUUCUCUCCAGCGAUGACGGGCCUGGUCGUUCACCCGAUGUAGCAAAGCACCCCUUCCAAUCUACCGCAGCCCACUGCUUCACUUAGCCCCACGUUUGGCACUGAGGGGGUAGAGAGGACGGAAAAUUGAUCACUAGUGACCAUGUAAAACUUUACUCCCUGACCCCCCACACCUCCCCUAUCUCCACCUGACACUCCUUAGUCUCUUUUUUGUCCAACUGGAUGAACAGGACGGGGUAUGAAAAUGUCCAAAGACCAGUCAUCUGCUCCAGAUGCAGCGGAGAAUUCUCCAGCCUCCACCGCAGGCAGGCCUCGCUCUUUAGCAAACAGCGCCGGACUGGAUCGCGCGCCGCCGUGUGGGAAACGAAGCAUAACGAAAGAAACAGAGAAGAACUCGUUGUGUAUUUUCACUCCAUGCUUCAAAAGCGCCUCUGUUGACCUCUGGCCCGUGAUCACAUGCAGUAUUCGGUUCUUCCAACGCCUGCCCGAACCCCGGCCGGAGACUUGCGGGAUGCGCUGUGAGAGCACUGAGCGUUCACGGAUUUACAGACACUGAUGAAAUGUCACGGCUCGAAAAAGCAGGGUGCUACUUUGUCUGUGUCCGGACACCUUAAAUGG